AUGGAUAGAAAUGGCUAUCUAAAUGAUAAAUCUCUAUUUGGUGCUAGCUCAAGUAAAUCUAUUUAGAGAAAAUAAACUUCUAAAGUAGGUAGUUAAACAUCUCGAAGCCAUUAUAAUACCAGCAUAUGUGAAAAUGAAAGAGGAACCUAGAAUUGUAAAAAAAUAUUGACUGAAUUUUUGGAAUAAACUCGUAAUAGAUAAUCAACAUUUUAGUUUUUAGAUCAGCGAAAUAAAUAAUCUUAAAAUCAAUUGCGGACAACAUAGAAUUCAUCUGGAUUUAAAAUUAAAGGUUUAGGAACAACCUAUUCAAGGAAAUUAGUGUCUGUAAUUCCAUUUGAAAAGGGAGUCACAAUCAACUCAGAUGAAAACAAAAGAAUGUUGAUUAAAGAGGCUGAAAGAUAAUUUUUAUCUUAAGUCAAUGGUUUAAAUAAAUAAGAGGUGUUAUCUAAAAUGGAAUUAUUUAUAACAACAUAAUUACAAGAAGACUUUAAAGAAUUAGGAUUGUUAUUUUAAAUAUUUAUGAGAGAAGUGCAAUUGAAUCAUAUGGGUAUUUAUAAAUUAUAGGCAAAUAAUUACAAGUAAUCAGAAAUAUAUUAGAAUAAUGAAUUGGAAGGAAUUAUUAAAUAGUAAAAGAUUGAGAUCCUGUUUCUAAAAGAAUAAAUAGAGGAAUUAAAAAAUGAGUGUAAUAAAAUCAAGAUGGAAGGUUCUAAAAUAAUGGCUGAAUAACGAGAUUAACUCAAUAAUGAACGCAAUUUAAUAAAAUAAAUGAAAUAGAAAAAUCUUGAGUUUGAGAGCAAGGCUAAAAAAUAUAGAUUAAUAGAUUUGGACAAUUAAGCUAUGUAGGUUAAAUUAUAAUUUUAUGAAAAUAAAAUAUAGAAAUUGGAUAAAAGAUAAAGUAAAGGAUCAGAAUCUCCUUUGGGUAAAGAUAAAUCAUUAACACAAUUGAAUUAAUUGAUUAUAUAAUAAUAAUAAUAAACAAGUAAGAGAUCACUUUCCUCUAAUAAUACUCUAAAUCAUGAUAGUUAUUCAUUGAAUUAGGUAGAAAUUAAUUAAGAGAAAAUAAUAGAAAUAAGAUCCGUAGAGAUUUAAGUUCAGGAUGAUUUGCUAAUUAACUUUUAUAAAGAUUAAGAAGUUUAAACAGACCUUUAAUUGAUUGAUUAUAAGUAUGAAGAUAUUUCACAAGAAAUAAUGAAUUUGGCUUUGGAAUUCAACAAUUUUAAUUAAUAGAAUAAUUAUUAAAUAAAUUUAGAUGAGAUGAUCUAAAACUAAACUGAAUGCACAAAUACUCCAUUAAAUUAUGAAAUUCUUUCUGAUUCAUCUAUAAAAUCUAAUGAUUUCAAAAACAUUAAACCAUAAUCUUAAUAAACGACCAGAUAAUCAAUAAUGCAUCGAUAAUCUAUAAAAUAAUCAACUCAUAGACCUUCUGAAUUUAAACAGAAAUAAAUAGUUUAAUUCAUUAAUUUUCAGAAAUUUAGAAUCGCUCAAUUGAAUAAUUAGAUUGAGGAAUUAAAUUAAUAAUUAUAAGAGAAUUAUUAGAAUAUUGAUGGUGUAACUAAAUUAAAUUAAAAACUUGAAAUCGAUAAUUUAUAAUUGAAGCUCAAUAUAAGUGAGAUAACAGGAAAAUUGCAUUAGACAAAAUCUGAAAAGAAUUAUCUUGACAACUAAAAUUUAGAGUAGAAUUAAAUUAAAUUGGUUGAUGUCAAAGCAGUUGGGGGGAACAAGCAAAAAGAAACAUCAUAAACAACAGUAGGCAAAGGUCCAUUAUUAGGAUAGAGAAUAACAAUAUCAUAUGAUUUUUAGAAGAAUUAAUCUAAAUUUUUAAUUGAGAAAAUAAGGCAAAAGAAAAUAGGAUAGAUUUAAAAUACGAUCCCUAUAAAAUUAGUGUUAAAAUAUAUAACAACCUUAUACUAAGAAAAACUUUAAAGUUAAAAAGAAAAUAAAUUAUUGAAAGAUUAAGAUAUGGCAUCCUUUAUAUAUAAUUAUUAUCUAAAAUAAUUUGGAUACACAAAAGUCACCGAAUAAAAAUUUUUGAUUCUAUUAAUCUCGAUACAAAAAAAUAUUGCCAUUGUGAGAGUAAAUGUUUUUGCAAAGUUUUUAGGAUUAUUGGAGGAAAGUUCUAAUUUCAGUUUAGAAGAAUAAAAGAAAUAUUUAGAGGCAUUGGAUUUAAUUAAUAGUAUGAGUAAUUAUGGCACAACUAUAAAGAAUAAUGAAGCCAAUACUCAACAAUUUGUUCCUUAUAUCAGAGCUUUGGCUUAUUUAGAAUCUUUAUAUUACUUUAAAUCUCAAGAUAAAUACAUAUAGCUUAAAAAAGAAUUAGACUCAAUUGUAGAGAAGGAUGUUACAUAAUAAAAUAGAGAUGGAGUCUUAGAUUUUGAUUAGAUGAUGCUGAAAGUAUUAAGAUUGUUUAGAGAUAAUGUAUAAAAUAUAUAAACAUUUGUAAUAAAUGCAUUUAAUGCAAGCGAUUUAGAUGGAAAUGGUAUGUGCAAUUUAGAAGAAUGGUUAACUUUAAAUAAAUAUAUAGAGAAUUAAAAAUAUGAUGAAGCUAAAUUAUCUAGCAAAUUUUAAGAAAAUGCUGAUUUGGUGUGUGAUGGAGAGAAGUAUCUGUCAUUUGAUCGUUUUUCAAUUCUUUGCUUAGAAUUAGAUAUAUUUAGCGAUAAUUCUUAGAAUAAUUUCUUGAAUGUUUAAAAUCCUGAGGAAGUUGAAUAGAAAUUUGGAUUGCUGAGAGAGAAUUGGGCUUUUGAAUAUUAAACUUAAAUAGACAAGAUUAAUCAAUCUAAAUUGGAUGAGGAAUUUAAAAACAAAUGGCUUGAAAUCUUAUCUGUCUUGGAUGAUCAUAUAGUAAGUAAUCCUGAACAAAAGAAGCCCAUUUUAAUAGCAUGGUAAAUUUAUUUGUUGGAAACUGAAUAGUAUUUUAAUAAUUAAUAUGAAGAAAUUUAAGAAUGA